AUGAACCAUGUGGGAUUGACCGAAUGUUGCAAUUCAGCAGCGUCGUCAUUAUCAUCAAAAUCAAGAACAUACAUCGAUACACAACAAUACCCUGCUAUUGCUACUACUGCCGCUGCCGCCGCCGCUACACCGCAACCUCCACCGCCCCAAUUUCACUAUACCGCCAACGAUAACAAUAAUUCACAAAUUUCAAUUUCAAAUAAUUACAACGACAAUAACUUCACCAACAAUGAUUCUAUUAACAACUACAAUGAUGUUGAAAGAAGAGAAGAAAAAUUUUGCAAAAUAUGUCAUGAAUCAUCAUCAUCAUCACAGACAUUAUCUCCAACGCAACCAUCUAUAGAUUCUACGAAUUCAUCAUUUUGGUCAAACCUUUUUACAAAAAAGCACAAGGAAAAGAAUAAAUUAAUUUCGCCGUGUAGAUGUAAAGGUUCAUUGCAAUAUGUACAUUUAGAAUGUUUGAAUAAAUGGCGUAAAUCAAACACAAGAAGUGAUUCGGCGUAUCAAUGUGAAGUGUGUAAAUAUAGAUAUAAAAUGUAUAGACCAUUCAUAAUACACAUAAUUGAUAGUGAAAUAUUUUUGCAUUUGAUGACAAUAAUCGUAUUCCUUUUACUGGUAUAUUUGGUAUCUUGUCUGAUGCAAGUGAUUGAUUUUAAAUGGAUUACUCCGGGUGGACCGGCUGGUGAAGAAAAAGACGAUUGGAAAUAUACCACAGUGUUGAAUUUAUACCUGGUUCACAUCAUAAUAAAUACAAGUAUGGGCGGUCCUUUAGGUUGUUCUGGUUGCGUUGGUUCAAGAGGUUUCGGUAGUGGUAGCACCUUUUUGGAUUUUUCUAUUAGGAAUAUUUGGAAUUUUAUUGAUAAGUUACUUGAUAAUCAAAAACAUAAAUAA